AUGUCGGACAACGUCGGUCUCUCCACGCCCAGGGGCAGCGGCACCUCUGGCUACGUUCAGCGCAACCUGGCACAGAUGAGGCCGAGGGACUCUGCCGCACCUUACCCACCCCGCGGCGACGUCGACAGCCUGCGCCACCGGCAGCGUCAGCCCGACAAGGGGAUCCUCGAGCACGACCGGAAGCGCGAGAUUGAAGUCAAGGUCUUUGAGCUACGCGACAAGCUUGAAGAAGAAGAAGUCGACGAGGAAGAAAUCGAAAUACAAUGCGACCAGCUGCGCGAAAGACUCACCGAAGAAGCCCGCCGUGGCGGAGGCGGCGCGGCGCGCAGGGACCUCAAGAUGCACAAGGUCCACGACCUGGCCGACGCCAAGAUCAAGGAGAGCGAGCGGCUGCGGAGGGCGCUCAAGAUCAGCAAGAACUACGAGGAAGGUGGUCACUGGAAAAAGCAGGAGGAGAGGCUUAGGAAGGCGCUCGACGAGGACGGACCUGCGCCCGGUGGUAGCAGGGACGUCGAGGGCGGUCCUUGA